AUGCCUUUUUAUCUUGGUGAGAGACAACAAGAUGAUCCUGAAUCAGCCACCGAGUCUCAUCAUCAGAUGCUUUGGUCAAUCCUCGGAAGCAAAGAAGCUGCACAUGAUUCAAUGGUGUAUAGUUAUCGCCAUGGCUUCUCAGCUUUCGCAGCCAAGCUAACUGAUUCCCAAGUGAAUCAACUCUCAGAGUUACCUGAAGUUGUUCAUGUCAUACGCGAUCAAAUCUACGAAUUGCAGACAACUAGGACUUGGGAUUACUUAAAACAUACUUCAACACAUCCAAAUAAUCUCCUAAACCAAACGAACAUGGGAGACAAAGUCAUCAUUGGUGUGAUUGAUUCUGGAAUAUGGCCAGAGUCAGAAUCAUUCAAUGACAAUGGUCUUGGACCAAUACCAAAAAGUUGGAAAGGAAGUUGCGAGUCAAAACAGAGUUUCAACGGCUCAACCGUUUGUAACAGAAAACUGAUUGGCGCCAAAUACUUCGCCAGUGGCCUACUCAACGGCGCGGAUGAAAGCAACUUGGACACCACGGAGGAUCCAGAAUACGUCUCACCUAGAGACUUCAACGGUCACGGGACCCACGUGGCUGCAACCGCUGCUGGCUCAUUCGUCCCGGACGCGAGCUACUUAACUCUCGGGAGAGGAAUCGCUAGAGGCGGAGCGCCUAAGGCCCGUAUAGCUAUGUACAAGGCUUGUUGGCACUCGUCCACUAGCGGAACGGCGGGUUGUUCGGCGGCAGAUUUGUUGAAAGCGAUGGACGAAGCGAUUCACGACGGUGUAGACGUUUUGUCUCUCUCGCUCUCAUUUCCACCCCUCUUUCCGGAAGUUGACACUCGAAACCCUGUGGCGGUUGGAGCGUUUCACGCGGUUGCCAAGGGGAUUCCUGUCGUGUGUGCCGCCGGUAACACGGGUCCGGCUUCUCAAACCGUAACCAACACGGCUCCUUGGGUCAUUACCGUUGCUGCAACCACUCAAGAUCGGUCUUUUCCCACACUUAUUACACUUGGCAACAAUGUUACAAUUGUGAGUCAAGCCAUGUAUCAAGAUGUAGAUGUGGAUUUCAUCGGUCUGGUUUACCCUGAAGGUCCAGAAGCAAGCAAUGAGACAUUUUCCGGAGUCUGCGAAGAGCUUUCAGAAAAUCCAGCUCGUAUAAUUAAAGACAAAUUUGUCUUGUGUUUCACAACAUCUACGGAUUACGGUACCGUGUUGAAUGCUGCAUCUAAUGUACAAAAGCUUGGAGGCUAUGGUGUGAUCGUUGCAAAAAAUCCGGGCCAUCAGCUUGGUACUUGCGGCGCUGUCCCGUGUCUCGCUGUAGAUUACGAACUCGGAACCGAUAUACUCUUCUACAUACGUUCCACUAGGUCACCUGUCGCCAAGAUUCAACCUACAAGAACGUUGGUUGGACUCCCUGUGGCUACAAAGGUCGCGACUUUCUCAUCGAGAGGACCUAGUUCCAUCUCUCCUGCAAUUCUUAAGCCUGAUAUUGCAGCACCUGGAGUGAACAUACUCGCAGCUACUUCCCCAAACGAUGUAUUCAACGACAAAGGAUUCACUAUGAAGUCAGGAACAUCGAUGUCGACUCCUAUUGUGUCAGGGAUUGUAGCACUCCUUAAGUCUUUACACCCUCACUGGUCUCCUGCCGCUAUUAGAUCCGCCAUUGUUACUACAGCUUGGAGAACCGAUCCAUCCGGUGAACCCAUUUUUGCAGACGGGUCAAACCGCAAAUUAGCUGAUCCAUUUGACUACGGAGGAGGACUUGUGAAUUCAGAGAAAGCCGCGAAACCGGGUCUUGUUUACGACAUGGGAGUCAACGAUUACGUUCUUUACUUGUGCUCUAUUGGUUACACGGAUUCAUCUAUUAGUAGACUCGUCAGUAAGAAGACUACUUGUGCAAACCCUAGACCUUCGGUUCUUGAUCUCAACUUGCCUUCAAUCACAAUCCCAAACCUUGGAAAAGAAGUAACUAUCACUAGAACUGUAACCAACGUUGGACCAGUAGAUUCGGUUUAUAAGGCUGUGAUUGAGGCUCCAAUGGGUGUUAACGUGACCGUGACACCGAAUACAUUAGUGUUCAACGGUAAGACCAUAAAGCUCUCAUUCAAGGUUCGUGUGUUGACGAACCAUAGAGUGAACACUGGAUAUUAUUUUGGAAGCUUGACAUGGACUGACUCUCGCCAUAAUGUGGUCAUACCUCUGUCUGUCAGAACUCAGGUGUUGCAGCGUUAUUACGACGAGAACUAAUUUUUAUUUGUGCCUUCAUAUUACGCAUUCCUUUAUUUGUGUUGAUUUUUUUUUGUAUUGUGUUUUGCUAUAUUUUUUCCGUUGUCUCGUUUAAGUGUGUCGCUCUUUUAAUGAUUG